AUGGACCUAAAACUAAAAACUCCUAAAUUCUUGUAUAGUCUCCAUGGCCAGGUCCCAGGGCUGAUGGACUGGGACAUGGCGAAUAAGAUCCUCCUGCUGUGCACCACAGACCAAUGACCCGUAGCUGAGCAGAACCUUACCAAAUACAGGCUUCAAGUAACGGAACCCCCAAAGGCGCCUCAAGAGAGGAGACCCAGUCUUAAUAAAGAUGGCCCUGACGUUGAACCCAACCUGUGGAUGAGUCCCAACAUUGUGUACUCCCUUGGCAGCCAGGAGGCUGCAAGACCCAGUAAGAAAACGGAUCUAACAAGCAUGUUUCCUUCACCUCAGCCACUCCCAAAGGACAAAGAAUCUAACUGCUCAGAGGCCACCGUAAUGGAGUCCCUGCCAUCCUCCUCCAGUGAGUAAUCUACACAAAAGCAGUUCACCUCUUCCCCCAGCAACUGGGAGCUCACAGAAGAGGAUACUGAGGAACAAGAUAGCAACCCUUCUAUGACCCUCCAACCCCCUAUCAAAGGGGAGUGCUUCCAGAGCCAGAAGCUGUGGCAAGGCAACAGCCAGGAAAGGAGGUCCUCCAUGGUCCCCCUUAAUUACAGUCACCUAAUUGCCCUGGUGUCAAGAAAUAGCCCACCCUGUGACCUCAGAGUGCAAGAGGUAAGUAUCACCUGACAGCAUUUCCUCUUUUUCUGGACAGCUCCAAAUGGCUGGAAGAACACCAUCAGCCACAACCUCUGCUUCCUGGGAAGCUUUGAGAAGGCCACAGUCAGCUUUCAGGAUGGGGCCAAUGCAAGGCCGUGGUCUGGCCUCUGGAGGCUUACUGAGGAGAAACACCAUCAUUUUCAGGAGGAGACUCGUGCCUUAGCCUCUGCUUGAAGGGAGAGCAUCCAACAGUGAAUGAGGCAGCCAGGUGUGAUGACCUCACUCUUUGACCUUUGA